UAAAAAGAGAGCAGCUCUGGAAGAGAUUCAUACCAGACUUCAAAAUUUCAUUCAUGGCUUCCACUCCCGGAAUCCUCACCGAUUGGCCAUGGAAGACUCUCGGAAGCUUCAAGUAUGUGAUUUUGGCGCCAUGGGUGGUUCACAGCAUUUAUCAGUAUGUGGUGAAGGAUGAAACGGAGAGGGAUGUUUCAUCUCUUGUGAUUUUUCCAUUUCUUCUGUGGAGGAUCAUUCAUAAUCAGAUUUGGAUCUCUGUGUCUCGUUAUAGAACUGCUAAAGGCAAUGCUCGGAUUCUGGACAAGGGCAUCGAGUUCGAUCAAGUCGACAGAGAAGGAAAUUGGGACGACCAAAUAUUGUUGAAUGGAUUGCUAUUAUACAUAGUGAGCUAUGUAAUGGAGGAAGCUUCAAAACUUCCUCUAUGGAGAACAGAUGGAAUGGUUAUUAUAUUUCUGCUACAUAUUGGUCCAGUGGAGUUUCUUUAUUAUUGGCUUCACAGAGCUCUCCACCAUCAUUAUCUAUAUUCUCGCUAUCAUUCUCACCACCAUUCCUCCAUUGUUACUCAGCCAAUCACUUCUGUGAUACAUCCAUUUGUAGAGGAAUUGGCAUACUUUGGUCUGUUUGCAAUACCGAUUAUGACGGCAGUGUUUAGUGGAACAAUGUCGGUGGCAGCAUAUGUUGUUUACAUUACUUACAUUGACUUCAUGAACAAUAUGGGACAUUGCAACUUCGAGUUCAUCCCCAAUCGCCUCUUCACCAUUUUUCCUCCUCUCAAGUUCCUCAUCUAUACUCCAUCGUUUCAUUCAUUACAUCACACGAAAUUUCGAACCAACUACUCCCUUUUCAUGCCGUUUUACGAUUACAUCUACGCCACCUUCGACAAAUCUUCAGAUACUCUUUACAAAGAAUCUCUUAGAAAGGAAGAAGACGUUGUUGACGUGGUCCAUCUGACUCAUCUCACAUCUCCCGAAUCCAUCUACCAUCUACGGUUAGGAUUUGCCACGCUGGCAUCCAGGCCCCACACCUCCACGUGGUAUCUGUGGCUGCUCUACCCCAUCACCCUCGUGUCCAUGCUGCUUACGUGGAUUUAUGGUCGUACUUUUGUUGUCGAGAGGAACCAAACUAAUGAGCUCAAUAUGCAAACCUGGAUGAUCCCCAAGUAUAAAUUUCAGUUCUUGCUUCAAUGGGAACCAAUAAACAGAUUGAUUGAAGAAGCCAUAAUCAAGGCAGAUCAAAAAGGUUGCAAAGUUCUUACUUUAGGCCUCUUGAAUCAGGGAGAUGAGCUGAACAAACAUGGAGCAAUAUAUGUAGAAAGAAACCCUAAAUUAAAAGUGAGGGUUGUGGAUGGGAAUAGCUUGGCUGUGGCUGUAGUGCUCAAUAAUAUUCCCAAAUUUGCAACACAAGUUCUUCUCAUUGGAAAAGUUACAAAAUUGGCCUGUGCAAUUUAUCAUUCCCUUUCCAAAAGAGGCAUUCAAAUUGUUGUUUUGAAUGAACAAAAUUACAAAAAGCUCAUCAACAGAAAACCUUCUAAUAAUAAUAAUGCCAACAUCAUCAACAACAACAACAACAACAACUUUGAAGAAGCCACUCUUCUCCUCUCAACUGCCUCUUCUCAAAAUAUAUGGUUGGUGGGAGAUGGAAUUAGAGAUGAAGAACAACUAAAGGCUCCAAAAGGAACAACUUUCAUUCCAUUUUCUCAAUUCCCUCCAAAGAUUUUACGUAAAGACUGCUUUUACCAUUACACCCCUGCAUUGAAGGUUCCUUCUUCCCUUCAAAAUCUUCAUUCUUGUGAGAAUUGGCUGCCGAGACGAGUGAUGAGUGCAUGGCGUGUUGCGGGCAUCGUGCAUGCAAUGGAAGGGUGGACGGAGCACGAGUGCGGUGAUGCUAUAUUCGAUGUCGAACAGGUCUGGCUAGCGAGCCUUCGACAUGGUUUUCAGCCUUUGGAAAUGCCAGCUACUACUGCCUAAUGAUGAAUCCAUGCGGUUUCAAGUUUUAUGUAUUAUGUCUAGCCAUGAUAUUUCUUCUUUGUAAUAGCUAUGCGAUUUCUGACGAAGUUUUUGUCAAGAAAAUAUAUAGUCGGGUCAGCAAGUGCACCGACAUGUCAAGUAGGGUUUUUGGUGAAGUUAAAUCAAAAGAAAAUGAAUCCAUGGCCAAUUUAAAAGAAAUAGCAUUGAUACUUUUGGUCUU